UUUGAAUUUCAGUUCACAAGCAUCAUUUUCGCUCUUUGUGUGUGACUUCACAGUGUCAAUUUCAAGAGAAGUAUUGUUGUGUUUAACAAAUUUAAUUGAACAAAAGUUGAAUUUUUGAAGUCUUACUCAACUUAUAAGGAUUGCACAAAUAUACCAUGUAAAAAGUCUUUGGUCACUUGCAAGGAAAAUUCUGCGACGCAAAUAAAAAAAAAUUGAGAUAUAAUGGAAAGAUAUCUUAUGGAAGACGACGAAUCAGCUGCUGAGGAUGAACUAUCCGAAUUAUCAGAAAAUGAUGAUGAUGGAUUUGGAAAAACGAAAUCAGCCAAUAAAACUCGCUGGACAAAACACGAGGACGCUGCACUUAAAGCAUUGGUUGAACAAUAUGGCGAACGAUGGGAUAGUAUAGCCAAGUGUCUCAAAGAUCGUUCUGACAUACAAUGUCAACAACGCUGGACAAAAGUUGUAAAUCCAGAACUGAUCAAAGGACCGUGGACAAAAGAAGAAGACGAAAAAGUUAUUGAGUUAGUUGCUCGAUAUGGACCAAAAAAAUGGACAUUGAUUGCGCGUCACCUACGAGGUAGAAUUGGGAAACAGUGUCGUGAAAGAUGGCAUAACCAUUUGAAUCCAAAUAUUAAGAAAACAGCCUGGACAGAGGACGAAGAUAAAAUAAUCUAUCAAGCCCACAAACAAUGGGGUAAUCAAUGGGCCAAAAUUGCGAAGCUUUUACCAGGCCGUACAGAUAAUGCAAUAAAGAAUCAUUGGAAUUCUACAAUGCGUCGAAAAUAUGAGUUAGGUGGUUUGCCUCGUCGCAAUAAAAAUAAUUCAUUUAAGCAAUUACAACAACAUAGCUCACAAGCUAUCCAUUCGAAUAUAACACGAAAGGAAAAUGAUUGGAGUCUUUCUGAUACCUCGAAUCAUUCACAAAUCGCCAUUUCAACCCAAAAAGGGGACUUUUUGGUUGAACAAAUCAAAAAUGGAGCUGGAGGAGAACAGUCGACAUAUUUCUUAUCACCAAUAAACAGUAAUAAAGUUUUAUCAACUCUUCGACGUGGCAGUGACACAUCAGUUGACCUUAUUGAUGAAAAUGUUAUUGGUUUAAGUCUACAAGAGAUUUUGCCUGACAACAAUAAUAUUAAAACUGAAAAAAUGCUUGUCUCCAACCCACCGAAUAUUUUAAAGAGGUCCAAAUCAAUAAAAAUGCAAAACGCU